UGAAUAAAUUCUUUUAUGUAUAAAAAUUAAAAUUUGCAACUUAUCAAAAACAGAAAUAUAAAUUAAGCAAAUAUGGAUUUGGACGAUGACAAUGAGCAAGAAGUGCUUUGCGAGAAGAUUAUAAACGACAUCCAUGCCGUUUUUGUCAAGGACGCCGAUUUAUCAUCGUUUGAAAUUAUACCCACACUACUUAAUCAAAAUAAAUCGCCAGUAAUACAUGUUGAUCACAAUCUUGGUCUGGAAUCGUGGUGUGCACAUCAUGUGUACGAUCACGCGCACAAAACAAUUAUUGCAUAUCGUCGAUACCAAGCAAAUCGGUAUCUACAGCAAAGUGACACAUUAAUCAAGUACCUGAAUGUAGCGCUUCUAAUUAACCCUGAUGUGACGACGUUUUGGCACAUAAGGCGACAAUUGGUGCAAAAAAAUCGACUCAAAAUCAAUUGUGAAUUUCAAUUUUCUGCGAUAAUUUUAACAAAGAAACCAAAGUCAAACGAAGCAUUCGCCUAUCGUCGUUGGUUGUUUUCUUUCCAGAGCUCAGAAUCAAUUGAUUGGCCAUAUGAGAUUGGAAUUUGCGAACGUUGUGCUGAUCGCUGCUCUAGUAACUAUCAUGCGUGGUCACAUCGACAAUGGGUGCUAAAUAAUGCACCCUUUCUGAUAAAGUCGGAAUUGAUGCGCUCUGAGAAAUUCAUGCAAAAACACAUAAGUGACUACAGCAGCUAUCAUUAUCGACAAGUGGUCAUAUCGCGAGCAUAUGAUAUGUGUUAUUAUGAUGCAGAAGAUAUGAACAAUUUAACUAGUCUCAAAGAACUUAUUGGAUAUUAUAUUAUAACGGAUAUACAGAAUACAGAUGAUAUUUUGGAGAAACUUUUGCCCAAUGUAGACCAUACGACUGUGGGUGAGCAGCGCUUAAAAUCAUUUUUGUAUUGCUGUAAUUUAGCAGCACACGACAUGCGACUCUGUGACGAUCAAAAAAAUAUGUAUGGUGAACGAGAAUCCUUUGAAUUGCAUCGCCGAGCUUCGUUGAAGUUCAUUGUGGAGCAUUGCGUGCGUAUUUUGUUGGGUGCAAAUUGCAGUCUGAAUGCACAGCCUGUAACGCCUGCUCUAGCACAAAAGUUCCAUGCACAACUAAAGAAAUUCGACUAUAACUCUAGCAGUUUUCUUUCAGCGCUUAAGCGUUCUGAAAGCCUGCUUGGUGAGAGACAUCGAAAAUGGUGUGCAAUGAAUUUGGGUUUUAAUUAUGAGUCGACGUAAAAAGCUUCGACUCAUAAAAAUUAAUUUGAAUUUAUAUUUAAUUCGUGUUAAGAUGGUUGAACUCAUUUUGGAGUUUAAUUUUUAGCAAUUUUUUUUUUAUUUAGUUGUUUUUUUUUACUUUUCUUAUAGACAAUUAUCCUAUUAAUAUUUUGCCAUUUAAGUGUAAACAGUUGCCUCAAUUUUAUAACUAAAUUUAUAAUGAAACAUAUACGAUGAAACAAAGAAAAACAAAUCAAAAUAAAAAAGUUUUCAUGUGAUGAUAAAUGACCCUCAGACUAGUUAAGAUAAAUGAUUGUUUAAAAUGAAAAGUUGUUUAUAUGAAGAAAAUAUUACUUUGAAAGUGUUCAAUUAGUGGUUUUAAAUGAUAUCUUUAUAUAAAAUGUUUAAAUUUAAUUAAUUAUGGAUUCUCCUAAAAUUUCUAUCUCUUUCUUAAAGUUUAUGUCAGUUAUAUUAAAAUUCAUUCUCUUAAAGACAAGCGACAUUAUCACGUUUUU